AUGAAUAAUAAUGUAUACCAUUCGCCUGAAGUAUCAGAAUCUAAUGAAGAAUAUCCAUCAAAUCAACGAAAGAUAAUUGUAAAAGACUUAAGAUGGCGUUCUUCGACAGGCUACAGUAGCUCAUUGAUGAUAGCAGUACAAAGAGUGUAUAAUGAAUAUUCUUCAAAUACACUUUCACGAUCAUUAACUUUACUACUUACUCCUAAUAGUUCUACCGUUUCUACUACAGGUUCUAAUACUCCUCAUACAGGUUCUACUCCUACCAUUGGUUCUAAUAAUCCUAAUAAAAGUCCUCCUCCUACUACCGUUCCUACUGCUCAUAUUACUAGUUCUACUGUUUUUGGCUCUAUUAAUGUGUUGAGAUCAAACACUAACAGUAUCAAAAAAGCAUCGAUUAGGAACAUCAAACAAAGACAUAAAAUCGAAGAAACCAUUAAUUGA